CACAGCCAUUUUAUUUUAUUGGCUUGGCGUUUUGCAUAAAUAAAAGGUUUAAUUAGUUCAACGAUUUGUUUUCGCCCAUUUAUUGGAAAUAAACUGAAAAUAGUGCUGACAUAUCAAAUGCCAAUGGUUUGUCAUCGUCAUCGCAAAAAUAAGAAAAGCGAUCACCAUUGAAAAAAAGUGCCUACCUACGCAUUGAACAAAUUAAAGUGUUUUGCUUUGAAAAGGGCAACGUAAUUAAAAACAAGCUUAUCAACGAAACGAUACUCACAUAGUCCACUGCAGAUUAAAGCUUGACAGUAAUCACAACGAAGUAAGCAGCUAUGGCAUCGCGCAAAAAGUCUUUGCUGAAAGUAAUCAUUCUGGGCGAUAGUAGCGUCGGCAAGACAUCACUCAUGAACCAAUAUAUAAAUAAACGUUUCUCAAAUCAAUACAAGGCAACGAUCGGCGCUGAUUUCUGUACAAAAGAAAUAAUUGCUGAUGACCGAGUAGUCACAAUGCAAAUUUGGGAUACUGCUGGACAAGAACGUUUUCAAUCCCUGGGCGUGGCAUUUUAUCGUGGCGCUGAUUGUUGCGUACUCGUCUAUGAUGUCACAUCGCCAAACUCGUUUAAAAAUUUAGACUCGUGGCGCGAUGAAUUCUUGAUACAGGCCAGUCCCAGAGAUCCUGACCACUUUCCCUUCGUUGUGCUGGGCAAUAAGGUUGAUAUGGAUAAUCGACAGGUAUCGACGCGACGUGCUCAACAGUGGUGUCAGUCCAAAAACGAUUUGCCAUACUUUGAAACAUCCGCAAAGGACGGCACUAACGUUGAAUUGGCAUUCCAAACAAUUGCCAAGAAUGCGCUUGCUCAGGAAGCCGAGGUUGAGCUAUACAAUGAAUUUCCUGAUCAAAUCCGCCUUAAUACCGAUCGUAACAGUCGCAAUGGUAAUGCUGAUAACUGCCAGUGCUAAUGUAAUUACAGCAAAAAUUAUAUUAGGCCCACCGGCAAGGAUAUGAAAUGGUGAAAUGACCGCAAGUGAAAAAAUAAAUAAAUUCAAAACGCGAUAGCGGCUAUAGAUAAAAUUGCGAACAGCAAAUGGCGCAAAUAGAGAUGCAAUUGGAUUAGUAGUGAAAAAAAAACACAGAACGAAAAUACCUAAAAAACAUAUAUUUGCAUAGUUUCGCAACUAAACGUAAUUUAAAUAUACUUAUAAAUAUAAAUAUUAAAAUAAUACUACACACAAUUAUACAUAUAUGAUGAACGAUAAUAUGAUACAUAAUGCAAAAUGUUAUACAUUAAGUAAAACAAUUUACCAAGCGCAUUACAUUUAACAAUAAAUUUAAAAAAGUAAAUGCAGUUUUUUUAAGCCGAUCAAAACAACACUAAUGAACAGGAGAAAUAAUUUUUCUCCGCGUUAAACUCUCGCCAAACUGGAAUCUGUAGUAAAUGUAAUAAAUAACACAUUUUUCUGGCCUUGAAA